AUGGCUGCUCUGCUUCGAGAAUACCUGGGCACACCGAGUGGGUUUGCUGCAUUCCUCGACCCAGAGGUCAACGCAAUUUUCCGGAGAGUGCUUGAUACGUGGGGUGACUUUUUACGGACACCAGAACCUGCUGCUACAUUGGAUGAUCCAUUGAAGGGCUGGUUCAGCAACUCAAGUCUGACGGCUUUGGCUGCUUCGGGAAAUACAAAUGGGACGACAUAUAAAUUUCAUGAGAUAUUCGAUUGCAACCCGAGCGCCCCGUAUCAUGGGUUUCGAUCAUGGGACAAUUUCUUCACUCGCAAAUUCAGAGACGGCAUGCGACCCAUUGCAGCGGAGAACGACCAUGACAUUGUGAUCAGUGCGUGCGAAGCCGAGCCAACUCAAAUGCUGGGGAAUGACUAUGCGGGUGAAUUUGUUGGCGGCACGAUUUACCAGGGCCUUCUGAGCGCAUUCAACUAUCAUCGGUGGCACGCUCCAGUAUCGGGCACGGUCUUCAAGACCUACACAAUCCAGGGGACUUAUUAUUCUACACCAAGAGCCAUCAAUGAUGGCACGGGACGAUUGUACGAUUAUCCGGCGUACAGUUCGGCUAUGUCAACGCGAUCGGUGGUAUUCAUCAAUGCGGACAAUCCCGCCAUUGGCUUGAUGGCAUUUAUUGCCAUUGGAAUGGUAGAAAUAUCGUCAUGUGAGAUCACAGUCAAAGAAGGACAGCAUGUAAGGAAGGGAGAUGAGAUAGGGAUGUUUCAUUACGGGGGAUCAACCCACUGUUUGAUCUUUAAGAGGGGAGUCAAUAUCACCGGCUUCCCAGAGACAAAGGGGAAUGUUGCUGUUCGCAGCCAGCUAGCCACUAUCAGUCCUUAG